AUGAGGCUUAGGAGCGAAAGGAGUUAUGCUAGAAACAGAGGGCCAGGAUUUCUUGGCUCAAGGAAGGGGAUAAAUGCUCAAAGUUUUUCUUCCUUUUCGCGGCUAUCAAAGGGAGACGGAAUGCUAUUGAAAGGAAUUUUCUCGGGUACAAGCGUCGGUAAUGAUUUCAAUAGCAGCUACCUUAUUAAAGAUAGGAUCUCUAUUGCUGACCAAGCUGACCUGGUUCAUUGUCCUUCUCAUGAGGAAAUUCGUAGUACUCUGUUUGCCAUGAGUAACAAUAAGGUUCCGGGACCAGAUGGGAUGUCCGUUCUUUUCUUCAAGCACUAUUGGGAAACUGUGGGAAGAAUGCAUAAGGGUGUCAAUGCUACGAAUAUUGUGCUUAUCCCCAAGGUUCAAAAGUUGAAAAGAACCAACCAGUACAGGCCUAUCUCCCUGUGUAACGUUAUGUAUAAGGUCAUCUCUAAAAUCAUUGCCCAUAGAAUUAAGCCCCUUCUCCCUUCCCUUAUUUGUCCUACCCAAGCAGCUUUUGUCCCAAGAAGGAACAUUCAGGACAAUAAUGUGAUUAUCCAAGAAAUCAUCCACUCCUUCAACAGGAAAAAAGGAAAAGAAGGUUUCUUUGCCAUAAAAAUUGACCUUAUGAAAGCGUAUGACAAGUUGAGUUGGAACUUUAUUGACCAGUUUAGUAAAAUUAUACCCUCAUGUGGCCUUCGCCAGGGCAACCCUUUAUCCCCUUACCUCUUUAUUUGUGCAGCGGAAAUUCUGUUCAGACUUCUGAUUGACGCCCAAGACAAUGGCUCUAUUAAGGACAUUAAGCUCAGUAGAGGGGCCCCGGUUAUCUCUCAUAUCUUCUUUACGGAUGAUUUAGUCUUGGUGGGAAGAGCGAACAUGGAGGAAGUCAAAGGUUACUGGCAUUGUCUUGAGAGAGGUAUUAAAGAGGCUUUGGGAUUGAGCUCUCCGGAAGGUAACAUCAAAUAUUUGGGGCUACCUUUAUUUAGAUCCACGCAAAAGGAUGCAGAUUUCAACUUUAUCUUGGAUAAUCUCACUUCUAAACUUCAGGGCUGGAAAGCUAAGACUCUGUCUAAAGCAGGUCGUGCAACCCUUAUAAAGUCUGUGGGCUUGUCGUUGCCUAUGCUAUGCAAACAACUAAGCUUUCGAACCGUCUUGUUUUGGAAAAGUGUGGUAAGAGCCAUCCCCAUUUUAAAAAAAGGAGCAUGCAAGGUGGUGGUGAGUGGCAAGGAUACUAAGGUCUGGGAGGACCCUUGGAUAGCUCAUAAGAAAGAUUUAUGUCCUCGUGCUAAUGGUUCCUCCACUUGUGAAGUGGAUAAAGUGGCUGAGCUAUUGAUAGAUAAUGGCAGCUGGAACAUCCUAAAUAGUCUCUUUGACAAGGAGACUGUUUCUGCAAUCCUGAAAGGGGGUAAUCUGUCUGGCCAGGGUGAUGAUAGAUGGAUUUGGACUUCAGAAAAUAAUGGUAAAUUCACGAGCAACUCUGCCUACCUAGCCCUAGCUGUUGAUAGGACUCCCACUUGUGACGUUGCUCCUUCACUUUGGAAUAAGCUAUGGAAUUGUAAGAUCAUUGAAAGAAUGAAGACCCUCUGGCGGUGUCUCCUGUCCAAGGCAAUCCCUAUGCGAGUUGAGAUCUGUAAAAGGUUUUCUAUUGAGGAUGUUACUUGUCCCCUUUGUAGGAUAGAGAAUGAAUCUAUUGAACAUCUUUUUCUCUCCUGUAACGUGGCUUUCCACUUGUGGAGGUCUUCUCCUUGGGGUAUUUAUCCAGUUUGUGGCACUGGAAUUCGAUUAUGGAACUGGAUCAAAUUCAUAUGGGACUUUAAAAAGAAGGGCACUAAUGUCGAUGAGGUGUUCCUUUAUGCCUCGCUAAACAUGGACACUAUAUGGCGGACUCAAAACAAAAAGGUACAUAAUAAUGGUCAGGUUGAUGUUUAUAAAUGUAUUAACAAUAUUCGUUCCUCUUUUGCAGUUCACUAUGCUUCUUUGAUCCCUUAUGCACCUAUGCGUUGGUUGGAUGCCUGUUGCCCUCCCCCUCAAGACUGGUUGAAGCUUAAUUGUGAUGUUUAA